UCGGGUUCUGGCCCCUGUCUGCCUUGCUCGCGAAGUUGUCCGGGGGCCGGGAGAAGUUGGCGGCGCUGGGCGGAGGCAAGGGCGGUGGGGCCGGGCUGCUCGCUCGCGUCCCUGCCGGCCAUGGCGUUCCGCAGGCGGGCUAAAAGCCACCCGCUCUUCAGCCAGGAGUUUCUCAUCCACAACCACGCUGACAUCGGCUUCUGCCUGGUGCUCUGCGUGUUGAUCUCGCUCAUGUUCGAGGUUACAGCCAAGACUGCCUUCUUGUUCAUCUUACCUCAGUAUAAUGUCAGUGUGCUGACAGCAGAUGGUGAAAGUGUUCUUUAUCGCUACGGGCUGAAGGAUUUGGUUACAAUCCUCUUCUACAUCUUCAUAGCAAUCAUUCUGCAUGCUGUGGUGCAGGAAUAUGCACUGGAUAAAAUUAACCGUCGACUUCAUCUUUCCAAAAUCAAGCACAGCAAGUUCAAUGAAUCUGGACAGCUGGUAGCAUUUCAUCUUGCCUCUAUGGUUUGGUGCUUAUAUGUAAUAGUAACAGAAGGAUACUUAUCAAACCCCAAAAGUCUGUGGGAAAGCUACCCUCAUAUUCAUCUCCCGUUCCAGGUUAAGUUUUUUUAUCUUUGUCAGCUAUCCUAUUGGCUGCACACAUUGCCUGAAUUAUAUUUCCAGAAGGUGCGGAAGGAAGAGAUUCCACGUCAGUUGCAGUACAUCACCCUUUAUCUAGUGCAUAUAUCAGGAGCAUAUCUCUUAAACCUCACACGUCUGGGACUAAUCUUGUUGCUGCUGCAGUAUGUCGCUGAAUUCCUCUUCCACAUGGCCCGUCUUUUUUAUUUCACAGAUGAAAACAAUGAAAAGCUGUUUAAUGCAUGGGCAGUAGUUUUCGUCAUCUCACGGCUUUUCACCCUCACCCUUUCCGUGCUGGUCAUUGGCUUUGGGCUGGCUCGGGCUGAGAACCAGGCAUUUAAUCCUGAAAAAGGAAACUUCAACACUUUGCUUUUCAGGAUGGGCGUGUUGCUUCUGGUGUGCUUCUCACAGGCCUGGAUGAUGUGGCGCUUCAUUCAUUUCCAGUUGCGACGCUGGCGUGAAUACUGGAAUGAGCAGAACACUAGAAAAAGGGUUCCAGCCACUGUCCACUUCAAACAACAAGUAAAGGCAAUGAAAAGGGAAUCUGGCUACCAUGAAAAUGGAGUAGUAAAGGCAGAAAACGGUACCUCACCACGAAACAAGAAACUCAAGUCUCCGUAGAGCCAAAGCACAGCCUACAUGGGAUGUUUGAGGAGGAGGUAGAAGGUGCAGGAGUGAGGACUCUGGAAAUAAAAGCACCUUCCUCUCUUUUGUCCUCACAAAGCUCCACCUCAAGUGAUGUGCCCACAUAGUGGACCAACCUCUCUUUCUCCUCCCCCAUCCCCAUGUCUUUCUGUCUCUGUCUCUCUCUUUGCAAUAACCAAAAGGCCUUCAUCCUUGACAGAGGGGCUUAGGAACACCAAAACCUUUUCCUUGCCCUGUUGUGUAUUGUGCAUUUCAAAAAAAAGUUUUGCUUGUUUUCAUGCCCCCAGAAAUGUUUUCUUUAGAAACCUGUUCCCAACAUAAAAGCUUUUUUUCUUCCUCCAUUCUCCUUUCAUCAGUGUUUUGACUUAGAGAGAUUGUGGCUUCAGCCCAUGAUGGAAUUUGGUGCCAGGGACUAGAUUUUUGGGGCUUGCCAGGUUUUCAAAACAUGAUGGAAAGAUACAGAGUUACUUUUAUCUGUUUGCAAUUUAUCAUGCUCAGUUUCAAAAGUUAAAGUUUUCAUUUGUAGUUUCAGCUACCUCCUCACAGAUGUGGUCCUCUUUCUUAUCUUUCUUCUCUGGCCAUAAGACAGAAUUCCGUGUUCUCUUAGAAACAAUUGAAUUGUCCUACAACUGGAGAAUAUACUUGACUUGUCAGUUUGGUACUGUGUGAAACAUGAUUUCCAUCUUUGUUGGCCUAGAAAGUAUCAGCCUACAGUGUCCUGAAGGAAUGGAUAAGCUUCUUCAUUCAUUCAUAUGGGAGCUCAGGGCAUUUGUACUAGUGAAGAAGAAAAGGCUGUGACUUCUUCACAAGAGGAUAAUAUCUUUUAGGUUCAUGGUUUUUCUUCUGACCUUCUUAAGGAAGUGUUAGUAUAGUCUUGUUGUCUGGGUCAUUCAUGUUGAACACCAUCCAAUCACAGGAUAGUAAUAUUUUGCCUAUGAAAUGUACUCCUGUGCAUAUUUUUUCAGAAGUAAAUUCCAUUAAAUUCAGAGAGGCUUACUCCAUUUUAUUUUGGUGUAGGAUUGCAACCUCUGUCAUUUUUUUACCCCAAGAGCCUCUUUUUCUAAGUUAUAUCCAAGAGGUUCUGAAUUCAUGCCUGCCCUGGCGUUCUCACUUCUAAAACUGCAGAGAUUGUUUCUAUUCAGAUUGAAAGCAAUCUAGUUCCUAGUUGCGUAGUAUAUGGUUGGAUUAUGAGCGGUGGGGGAGGGGAGAAGGAAUAAUGUUUCAAAGGGGAGAGCAGUAUUUGUAAAGCUGGUGGAUGAUAUAAAACAUGAAAUCUACCUCGGAGGCCACCCAUUCCUACAUUUCCUUUAGUUAAGUUGAUCUGGCAACUACAAAGAAAUUGGGGUUGUUCACUCAAAAAUACCUUAGAGUUACUUUGUACACCUGUAAUGUUCAUUGUUUUCAUGAAAUAGCGUCUUGUAUCCUCCUUUGUGUAGACUUAAGCUUGCCUUAUUCAGCAGGGUUACUUCAUGACUGUGUCUUAUUUUAAGCUGUAGUGUAACUGGAUCACCUUACAGUGUUGUUCUCCUUAUCAUAUAAUACAAAGAAGAGACUUCUUACUUCUAUUCUCUUUUGCCAUAAUUUGGAAUAGAAGUAUCUAUUUCAUGAAUCGAUGGAAUUAAAUAAGUAGCAUACUUAGUAGUUGGGUUUUCCAAGAUUUGACCCAACUACUCCUUUUUGUGUAAGCUUUUUAUUGUGUCUAAAGUAGGUCUGCAUAAGUUAAGACCUGCCAAACCAAAUACAUUAGCUAUGAGUUUCAUCCUGCCAGGGCAUCUCUGGUUUGCAUUUACCAGCCUAGGACAGCAGGUAAGAGGGGCUGCUGCAGUCUUGGCAGACAGCAGUGCAUGAUUAGUGAGUAGUGAUAAGUUCCAUGAAUCAGGGAUGCAGUCCACCUGUAAAAUUUUGGGGAGUGUAGGAGGUGAACAAGACUCCCUAAACGGCCUACAAUAUUUGUAUCUCUGCAGAAUCGUAUGUAUCUUUUUAUCAUUCUCUUGCUAUGGACUCUAAUGCUGCUUGGCACUACUUGAGACUGUAUGGAGAGCUAUUUUUUUUCUUCCCACCAAAAUCUUGAAACAUCCAGAUUAGAGCCCUUCUGAGCUGAAAUCAACUGUACCAUAUUGUGCCUGUCACUCCUUAGCUCUUGCUGAGUUCUAAAUAUACCUCAUCUGUAUCAUUUUUAUACAGGAGAGAAGGACUAAGCUGGGUUCGUGAUGGUGCUAAGUAGGUCAUAUACGGCGGGCUAAGCUACAUGCAUACCUGAAUGCAACAGCUCUGUUGCUUGAGCCUAAUAGAAAGCCCACCACUAUUGUAAAGCAGCUGUGUGCAGCUUCUGUCAUCAGAAGAACUACUCGGCUCUGUGUGGCAUGUUGAUGGUCACUUUCCAAUAAUGGGUGUAGUAUAAUUGCCAAUUUUUAAGUGUCUUGAGUCUCUGGAAGACAGAGUGAACUCACUUCACUCUUUAAAGUUUUCCCCCAAGGUCACUGAAAUGCAAACAAAAAACUUUAGCCAAAUAUUUUAGUUGCAUCUAUUAGGGAGUGCUUUGGGGACCAUAAAAAGUGUAUGUAUGUGCAACUUGUAGGCUUUCUUUUACACUCGUUAUUAACAUCAGUGUUCUAAAUUGGAAUCCCUCAUGCUUUUUGAUAACUCUGAACUGCUAAGACUUGACCUAGCUUAGUCAAAUGGAGCUUUUCUGACUUUGCACCAAACUUGGUCAAAAGUCUUCUGUCUCCCAAGGUUCAGAGAGCUACUUCUAAAAAACUGCAGAAAAGCCUCCAAGCCAGCCCUACACUGACCCAGUUUGCCCAGGUCCUUUCCUCCAGUACCAGGUUUUCAACUGUAGUACAAUUUUGUGCAAGUGCCUUACAUUACCACAUAGCCUUUCCAAUCUUUUUAACUUUUCAUAUUGGUCUUUAUAUAUGUAUUCCUGUAGUUCACAUAUACUAUAUGCACUAGUUUAGCUAUUCAAAAAAAGGGACAGCUUUUGCUGAAUGCAUUGCCUCAAUUUCUAUGCCUUUUCGACCAUAAGUAGUUCCUUAAUGACUGUAAUUGAUGGAACUAUUCUAGAUGCAAGCAUCUCUUUUGUAGCACAGAACAAUCCAUAAUAUCAAACAUUUCCAUAGCAGACUAGAUGCUCUUAUUUGCUUUUAAUUAUAGAUAAGUCAUUGUAUUUCUAAAACUUUUUGAACAACUCUGUUUUUGAGCUCCUUUCAUAGCAACUGAUGCUAGAAUUAGAUGUUAUGCUUAAUUCUGUAAUUAUUUAGGAACGGGGCCUUUAAAAAAACACUGUGCAGUCAUUGAAGCUGCAAUUCUAAGCAGAAGUUACACAUGCAUAAUAGCAUUACCAAUUUGUGCCACUUUUCCAUAGAGAAUUGCCUUCUACUUCUGGGUGUUUUCAUUCUCAAAACAAAAGAUGUGGGUGCAGAAGUGAAAAUAACUUGGGGGAUGACCUUUCCUCUCUGACACUAGUGGUCUGCUUUUAAUUGCUGUCUCAGUAGCUGUUGCGUAAACAGAGAGACAACCCACCAACACAAAUCGGAUUUUAACCUAAGGGGUGCCUUUGCAUGAACAAGUAUAGUCUCACUCUUAGUUAAAUGAUACAGUUAAGUGAUAAGAGCCUGAACUCUUAUUUGGUUCUUCUAUAUUCUGCUUCUCCCACUAGCCAAUAAAAAAGGUUGCAUAGAUUUAUAAUCCCUUCUGAGUGAUCUCACCUUGAGGGGAAGAAAUGGGAAGAGUAGUUCUCCAUAAUGUAAUUAUAUUUGUUUGGGGUGGGGGCAUCAUUAUUAGCUUUGGGACUUAUUCUUCCUUUAAAACUGGAUUAAGUGGGGAGAACCUCAUAGUGCCUUUUCUUCUUUCUUGUUCUAGGUCAAGCAUAGGCAAACAUUUUGGGUCAGGGUGUGUUUGUAAUUUUGAGAGCAUACGCUGAGCAUGCUUGCAGAAUGAAUGCCAGGUUAGAUGUGGUCAGUCACAAAAUACCCACUUAACAAAUGGUGAACUAGCCCCAAGGUGUUCUUUGUUACCCCAGUGGGACCUCUGUGGAGUCCAAAGGCAAAGUUGCAGAUAAUCAUAAUGGUAGAGGCUGGUGCUUUCCUUCAAAGCACGCCAGCUUCCCCAUUUUAUUAUUUUUCUAAAUUGAAAGUGUUUUUUUAAAAAAAAAAGAAAGAAAAGUUGGAACAGAGAGUGUGGUGGGGUUCAAGAAGGUGCCAUGGGCAUCAGUUUGCCUACCCCUGCCCUAGAUGGAUCAACAGAUAUGUAGCAUAAUACUGAGAUCUAAGUAUAAAUGUUCCAAAGCUCAGUAAGUAGAUCUUUGUGAUUUUGGAAAUAGCAUAGGGUUUCUUUGCUUUUUUUUUUUAAGUAUCCGUGUAAUAAAGCAGCUAGCAAAACAAAUGUCCUACCCAUACAGUUUUUAUGUUUUUUAGGCUCUGUUUUUGAAACAAAUUGUAAGUAAAUGUUAUGUAAAACUUAUUGUUAUGGCUGCAGAUAAUUUGCUCUCAGUCUGGUUGAAAUUAAGACUUUGUUCUGUUUCUGAUACUAUUAAGUGGAAAACCGGUUACCUCUAUACAUUCUUUUGUGUCUUCCAGAAGAAAAGUCUUUAUUAUCCUGAGACUGCAGCUACAUCAGGGUUGUUUUUAAGGGCUUUGUUUUGUUGACCUUCAUUCAGAAAUUAAGUAUUAUCAUUGUUCUACAAGUGACAGUAUACAGCAAAAAAUGUUACGUUAGAAGUGUACAUGGCUGGGUUUUUUCCUGUUAGUAUUUCUAAUUAUGGACCAAAUCUAAGCCUAAUCUUGCAUAUUUAAAUUUAAUCUUGUUGGCUCCUGGUUUGUAGGGAGGGAGGGUAUAACUUUUUGGGAUUUUUUUUCUCAACGUUUUAUUUCCACCAUUGAAAAAUCUAAUUUGUUUAUGAAUUUUUGUUGUUGUUAAAGAGCUUUUAUGAAAGCAAUCUGUGAUACAAUUAUUUUUCUGAAAUAAAAAAGGCAUAGAAUGAUGAAAAGUA